UCAGGGAGAGGGGGGAUCAGAGAGGGGGGGUCAGGGAAGAGGGGGGAUGGCCGCGCCGACCCCCGCGGGGUCUCCCCGUCCCAGGAGGGGCCUCCCACCGGGGUGCCUGUAGGGGACUCUGUAGGGGACUCUGUGCCAACAUGAGCAGCGAGCGGAGGCCGCGGCUGAUGCUGCUGCUGCUGCUCUUCACUGGGGUGGCAACCGACCACCACCACCAGCAGCAGCAGCACCAUCAUCGUCAUCAGCACCAUCAGCAUCAGCAGCAGCACCAUCAGCACCAUCAUCAGCACCACCAUCAGCAUGAGGGCGGCGAGCUGGCUGCCCGCAUGCGCGCCCUCUACGAGCGGUGCCGCCGCGAGGGAGGAGCGCGAAUCCGCGGCAACAGCGUGCGGAGCAUCGCGGCACUGAGCCCAGGAGACUCGCCGCCAGGACCCCACUUCUCCUUUAACCUCUCCCUCAUCCCCGCGUCCGAGUCUCUCAUCGCCGCGUCUCUCCACUUCCCCCCGGGCGCGCCGAGUCGUCAGGGACGUGGGCCCCAGCGCGUCUCCGUGUCCCUGUGGGGAUCGGCGCACCCCCGCGGCGACCCCGGCGCGGGCUCCCCUCGCCGUGCGUCAUUCUCGUUCAUCCCCUCGAGCUACGCGCACUGGCACGCGCGCGACGUCACGGCGCCGCUGGGCGAGGCGCGCUCCCGAGGGAUGCCCUGGCUCCACGCGGACAUCCGCACGGGUCCCAGGCGUGCCGACGAGGUCCCUUACCUCCUCGUCUUCGCGUUCGACUCGGCCCUGGCAGGGGACGGCGGCGUCGCGAGCGUCCUGCAGCUGCGGGCUCUGCACCAGGCGCGCGGGGGGUCUGCCGGGUCGCGGGGACCGGACCCCCUCGCCGAUGGGGACGAUGAGCAGGGCGGGUCGGACAGGGGAGCCGGGGUCGAGGUUGAGUCCGAGGGGGACGUUGGAGGAGCGGUGCGGCAGAGGCGCGACGCGUCGCUGCGGACAAAUGAACUGCCCGGGUCGCGUCUCCUGGCUCCCCCCCCUUCCUUCGAGGACGGUGAUGAUGGUCAUGGUGAUGAUGAGGACGAUGGCAGUGAUGGUGAUGACGAUGAAGAGAUGGCACAGGAAAGAAGAUCAUCAUCAGCAUCAGCAUCAUCAUCAUCAGCAUCAUAUUCACCAUCUUCAUCAGCAGCAGCAUCAUCGUCAUCCCAGCGCAGAUCUCGACCCAGAGACGCGCAGAGGCAGAGGGAUCACGGAGGAGCCAACAGCAGCAGUCGAAGUAACAGCAGCAGCCACAGCGGCGGCGGCGGCGGCGGCCGGGGUCGUGGGAAGACCGAGGCGGAACGGAGGCGCAGAGCGGACAAGCGGCGUCCCCCGGGCGGGGGUCACGCGGUGGGGGGGGGCCCUCCCCCCCUCACGGCGUGCGCACGACGCCACCUCACGGUGGACUUUGCCGACAUCGGCUGGGACAAGUGGAUCAUCUCCCCCAAGGCGUACCUCGCGCACUACUGCGCCGGCACCUGCGACUUCCCCAUGUCCAAGGGCGUGCGUCCCACGAACCACGCGACUAUCCAGAGCGUGAUGCGUGCAGUGGGACUCGUGCCUGGGCUGCCGGGGCCGUGCUGCGUGCCGGACAAGAUGACGCCGCUCAGCAUCCUCUACGUGGACCAGGCGGACAGCGUGGUCCUCAAACUCUACCCCAACAUGUCCGUCGAGUCGUGCGCCUGCAGAUAGCCGGGCCUCCGACGCCCCGGCGACAACACAG